AUGCCUCCUAAAAGUAGAAAACUAGAGCUCAAUUCAAAUCAACUCAAGGUAAAAUGAAUAUUUUGAUUAGUCGAGAAAGAAGGAAAUACUGCAUUCCUGAAUAGAUAAUAUAAUAAAGCAAUUAUUUUAUAUACAAAAGCUCUUUGUAAGCUGAUUAUAAAAAUGAUUUUUUUAGAGAUUGAAGAGAACCCUAUUUGUUAUAAUAAUCGUUCGCAAGCAUAUAUCCAGACAGAAGAACUAGAAUUAGCUUUACAAGAUUGUAAUAAAGCAUUACAAUUAAAUCCAGGUUAUGUGAAAGCAAUCACUAACAAAGCAUAAGUGUUAUAUGAAAUGGGUUAUGUUUAAGUAAUCUUUUAAACUUAUUGUUAGGAAGCUAUAGAAUGUUUGUAGAGCA